AUGCCCAUCCCAACGCGCUCCGCCUCACUACGUGAACCUCGGAAACCUAUCUCUAAUAUAGCACGACCCACGGCCAUCACGACAAUCCCAGCCGCCGGCUCGAUCAAAGCAUCUACCCGCUUGACGAGUGACAAGACCCGGUCGUCAGAUAACCCCUCGCCGGCCGAGGGUGUCCCCCUCAGAGAUAAUGCCGUCUCCAAUCGCGGACGAACUCUCCUCCCCCAACGCAGCAACCCGGCGCGAGACGAUGCAAAUGGCUCGGCACAGGUGCGGUUUCAGCCACCAGAGACCAGGCUUCAGCAACGAGGAGAGACAUCACCAAAGAGACAGCCCCAGGCAAACACGGGGGAAGAGAAACAGAGAGCGCCAUCGACAGCCCUGACGAGUGGUACGCUGCCAUCACGUCGUCAGAGCUUAAUGCGACCAGCGGCUCUGAAAACAACCUCAACCAAAGGCAAUGUCCCAGCUCCGACAAGGAGUUCAGCACCUACAUUCACGCCGCCGUCACCACGGAAGCCCUCCACAUUGCGAUCGCCCACUCAGUCCUCAUCGGCCCAGCGACCCCCCUCGCCCAAAAAGACGGACAUGCUACCUCCGCCUCGGCCCAUGCGAUCUGCCUCCUUGAGACAACCUCGGGAUGCUGCAGUGGGACCCCCAGCAACCGUCCGAGGCCAUGCCCGACACCGCAGCCAGAUGGUCCUGGCGAGCACGAAACCAGGCCAGCCAGAUCCAUCACCCGUCACUCAGAAGCCACGCGCGCAGUUCUCCACAUAUCAACAACACUACUCACCCAAAAAACCUACCAAACCUCCCACACCAACUCCGGGAGCCACAUCUGCACCCGAUAGUCUACUCAUCCCCACCUCAUGGCCAGACAUCGCCGCUUUACAGACAGAACUUCUCCAACUCAGUCUCUUCCACUCCAGCUCACUCCAGCAACAUGCAGAGUGGAAGACGGAAUCCGAAUCCCGCCUGCGCAAGAAGUACGACGCCGUCGCUGAUCAAUAUCGGUCUAUACUAGUGGACGAGAAGAGCCGCCAGCACCAGCUGAACACGCAGGCUUUGGCUUCUUGGCUCCGGAAUUGCCGUGACCACCAGGGACCACACGGAUUCUCUGAGCAGAUCCAGAUAUUCUCACAGGUCCUGCAGGAGGUCUCAGACCUGGAGAUCGCCGGAAUGAGCGGGCGGUAUACAAAAGCUGUUGCCGUCUUUGAAGACUGGUUCCAGCAAGCGGAUUAUAUCCGGCAUCAGCGUGAGGAGACAGGGGCAUUGGAUGGAACGACCUUUAUUGACCCGCUCGAUAAAUCCUGGAAAGAAGAGGUGCACGCUCUACAUGCGAAGCUGGAGCUCUGCGCGCGACAUCUCCAGAGCCUAGAUAUCCUGGGCUUUGGUGAGGUGGAACAGUUACCGCAAUCUGCACUUACGCGUCUGGCUCAGGGUCUGGCGGAAUCGAUUCGGUUGAUGAUACAGGAGAUUCGUGCUAUGCGGGCUUUGGAAGCGGAGCUUGUUCGCUCGGAGAGGGAGUGUGUUUGUGCGAUUGCGAGUGAGUUGACUGGGUCGCGGCGGGAGAUGAGUGCGUCACGGGUGGGGGUUUGGAGAUGUUGA